AUGAAAGAUGAGGUGGGGGAAAGAGACAGAGAAGUGAGCAGCCUGAGCAACAAGCUCUUGAGCCUGCAAGUUGAUAUCAAGAAUCUACAUGAUGUCUGCAAGAGACAGGGGAAGACCUUGCAAGAGAAUCAGCUCUGUGUGGAGGAGGCAAUGAUGAGCAACAGCCACGUAAGGACUAAGAAGCAAGUGAUACCAUUCGAGGAAUUACAGAUACAGUUUGAGCCCAGUAAAAAGUGUCAUCUGAGACAACUCCAACAACUCAAGAAAAAAUUGCUGGCCCUUCAGCAAGAACUGGAGUUUCGCACAGAGGAGCUGCAGACUUCUUACUGUUCCCUCCUGCAGUAUCAGUCCGUCUUAGAGAAGCAGACGUCUGACCUGGUUCUUCUUCACCAUCACUGCAAACUGAAAGAAGAUGAGGUGAUUCUCUAUGAGGAGGAAAUUGGAAAUCAUAAUGGGAACACAGGGAAGAAGCUCCAUUUGGCACAGGAGCAACUCGCCUUGGCCGGGGACAAGAUCGCCUCACUAGAAAGGAGCUUAAACCUCUACAGGGAUAAAUACCAGACUUCCCUGAGCAACAUUGAGUUACUGGAGUGCCAAGUGAAGAUGUUGGAAGGGGAACUUAGCGGGAUUGUCAGUCAGGAACCUGAGAACAAGGGUGAUCAUUCCAAGGUGCGUAUAUACACCUCUCCCUGCAUGAUUCAAGAGCAUCAGGAGACCCUGAAACGGCUGUCUGAAGUCUGGCAGAAGGUCUCUGAACAGGAUGAUCUAAUCCAGGAACUUCGAAAUAAGCUAGCCUGCAGUAACGCUUUGGUUCUGGAGCGUGAAGAGGCUUUGAUAAAAUUACGAGCAGACUUUGCUUCUUAUACAGCCACCCACCGACAUCCUCCUAGCUCCUCAGAAGAUUGUGAAGACAUCAAAAAGAUACUGAAGCACUUGCAGGAGCAGAAAGACAGCCAGUGCCUGCAUGUGGAAGAGUACCAGAACCUUGUGAAGGACUUGCGCAUGGAGCUAGAAGCCGUGUCAGAACAAAAGAAAAACAUCAUGAAGGACAUGAUGAAGCUGGAGCUGGACCUGCACGGGCUGCGAGAGGAGACGUCUGCCCACAUAGAGAGGAAGGAUAAGGAGGUGAUCAUCUUGCAGCGGCGGCUGCAGGAGCUGCAGAUGCAGUUCAGCGAAACCCAAAAGCUUGGUUUGAAGAAAGACACGCUCCUCCAAGAGAAAGAUGAAAUGCUGCACGAGCUAGAGAAGGAACUGACACAGGUUCAGACAACCCUCAUGAAAAAAGAGAUGGAGCUGGAGAAGCAGCAACUAAUGACAACAGGACGCGAAUUCGCCAUCCAGGAGGCGAAGCAGGAUAACUGCAAGGUGGAGUGUGGGGCCCUGCGAGCUGAGGUUCAGAAGCUGAAGGACUCUCUCGAAGAUGUCCAGCAGCAGCAGAAGCUGGCUGCUCAGCAAGCAGUCCAAUAUAAAGAAGAGGCUGUUUUAGCAAAAAGUAACCUGGAGGAGUCCCAGAAGAAACUGCAAAGCGUCCUUUUCCAGGAGAAGCAGCAGGCAGACACCAUCCAGGAGCUGCAGAGAGAGCUUCAGAAGCUGCAGAAGGAUUCCUUGAUGACCGAAGAGGAGCUCGUACCCAACAGGAAACGGAUAGAGGAGCUGACGUCGGAACUCUCUGAGGCCCUGAGGAAGCUGGAAAAUUCAGAAAAGGAAAAGAGGCAGCUUCAGAAGACAGUGACUGAGCAGGAGAUGAAACUGAACGACCUGCUGGAACAUCUAAAACGCAUCCAACACCAGCUCAGGGAACAAGCCUCCACCAAAACCUCUCUAGAAGAGGAGUUAAAGGAGGUCUCAAGGUUACUGGAAGAAAAACGGGAGCAGCUGAAAAAGAGCAAAGAACAGGAGAAGUUGCUGGAGCAAGAGAUUGAGUCAUUCCGACAGGAAGAAAGAAAGAAAGAAAAGAUGACAAAAGAGGCUUUUCGAAAUUUGGAGGAGGAAAAUGAGACUCUCAAAGCACAGUUUAAGCAAUGUUCUACACAACUGGAUUCCUAUCUCAGCCAACAGAGCGCCUCCCAGAAAGUCAUCCAAGAGCUGAGUAAUGAGACAGCCCAACAGAAGGAGGCUUUAGGAAAUCUGCAGGCCCAGCUAGACAAGGCUGUGCAGAAAGAGAAGCAGUGUCUCCAGACCAUGGUCAGUAAAGAAGCCUAUGAGGAAUUAGCCCGGAAGUCAGCCGCCUGUCAAGACGACCUGACUCAAGCCCUCGAGAAGCUCAAUCACGCGACCUCAGAGACCAAGAGCCUGCACCGAAGCUUGACACAGGCCCAAGAUAGGAAAGUUCAUCUGGAAGAUGAAAUCAUGGCUUAUGAGGAGAGGAUGAAAAAGCUCAACAUGGAAUUAAAAAAACUCCAGGGUUUCCACCAGCAGAGUGAGCUAGAGGUACACGCCUUCGACCAAAAGCUGGAGGAAAUGAGCAACCAAGUGCUGCAGUGGCAGAAGCAGCACCAGAGUGACCUCAAGAUGCUGGCCGCAAAAGAGGAGCAGCUCAGGGCGUUCCAGGAGGAAAUGAACGCCCUGAAAGAGAACCUUCUUGCCGAUGAGAAGGAGCCUUGCUGCCUGCCCCAGCGGUCAGUGCCCAAAGACACCUGUAGGCUGCACCGAGAGAGUGAUCAGAUUAUGACCAACAUUGAGCAAUGGGCAAAAGAGCAGAAGAUUGCCAAUGAGAAACUAGGAAACAAGCUCCGUGAACAGGUCAAAUAUAUCGCCAAGCUGACAGGUGAAAAAGACCACCUCCACAAUGUAAUGGUCCAUCUGCAGCAGGAAAACAAGAAGCUGAAGACCGAGAUAGAGGAGAAGAGGCUGAAAGCCGGGCACCCAAAGUUAUGCACCAAAGCCCUGAUCUCAAGCAAAACAGAGCCCACACCAAGGGGGAAAUUGUGUGGCACCUUGGGCUGGAGGAGCAUGACCCAGGACAUAAACCAAAGAGCGGACAUCACCAAGUUCGUUGGGAUGCCCCACUGCUCAGGACCUAAAGAGCAGGUAGACACCUUCUCCUAG